AUGGACAACUCGCCUGAUUUUCAGCAGUCGGUGCCGGCCACCCCCUCGAUGGGCGGCCCUUUAAGCAGGUCCUUUCCGAGCUCUCAUUCCAUUGCAUCCACAGUCAGUCCUGGAAUUUCAACACCGAACUCGUGGUCAGGAAAUGACUGGAUCCGUGGCACACCCGAUACCUCGCCGCCCAGCUCGGGAGUUGGUUCCCCGGAGCUCCAGGCCAAGCGGCUGUCAGAAGACAGCAGUGUCUCUUCCGUGGACGAGUCCAUCGAUAGCCGGUCUCGACCCGCCGCGAAGAGUGUCCUGGUGAACGUCGUCGAUUUGAACGAGCAACGCAUAGCCGCGUGGAACUCGGCGCACCUACCCAUCCACGAGGAUGGUCUGCUGAAGGUGGUGCGCGUUGGCAGAGAUGGCACCCGCGACGCCAUUGUCACUCUGCCCGGAUUUUCUCGUCCAGUCAAGCUCAAAGCGCGGAAGCCGAACCUCGUGUUCUCUACCAAGGUCGUAGACGCCAUCUCCGAAGCGGACAUUAUCUUCAUCUGCGUCAACACGCCCACCAAGAUGCAAGGGCUGGGUGCCGGGUCCAUGGCCGAUGUUAGUGCGGUCGAGAGCGCCUCGCGCACGGUUGCUAAGCACGCCAAAGAAGGGGCCAUCGUCGUGGAGAAGAGCACAGUACCAUGCGGUACAGCUCGCAUGAUCCAGGACAUACUGCACCAUGAGCGUCCCGAGAGCAGAUUCGAAGUCCUAUCGAACCCCGAAUUCCUCGCCGAAGGCACCGCUGUCGAGAAUCUCAUGCACCCGGACCGAAUCCUCAUCGGGAGCACAAGAAGCCUUGCCGGUUUCCAAGCAGCGGCCAUUCUGAAGGACGUCUACGCGACGUGGGUGCCCACCGCCCGCAUUGUCACCGUCAACACAUUUAGCAGCGAGCUUGCCAAGCUCGUGGCAAACACCAUGCUCGCCCAACGCAUCAGCAGCAUCAACGCAGUGAGUGCCAUGUGCGAGGAGAUUGGCUUGGGUGCCGACGUGGACGACGUGAGCCUCGCCAUCGGCAAGGACCUGAGGCUGGGGUCCAAGUUCUUGCAAGCCGGCGUCGGGUUUGGGGGCUCGUGCUUCGAGAAGGACAUCCUCAACCUCGCAUACCUUGCCCGGGAGCUGCACCUCGACGUGGUGGCCGAGUAUUGGCUGGCGGUUCUCAAGAUCAACGAAGACCAGCGUCAGCGUUUCGCACGCAACGUCGUCCGAGAGCUGAACGGGUCUCUCCGGGGGAAGAAGAUCGCGGUGCUGGGCUUUGCCUUCAAGGACGGGACCAACGACACGCGAAACAGCAUAGCGGUCCACAUCAUCAAGGACCUUGCGUCGGAGAUGCCGCGGGAAAUCGCCGUGUUUGACCCGGGCUGCGCUACCGCUGAUAUUAUUGACGAAAUCCAGCGGAUGGGGCUGAGCGCCUCACAGAUGGAGAGGGUCAGGAUUUGCUCGAGCUGGCGGGAAUGUGUUCAGGAAGCUAGUGCCGCUUGUAUUCUGACGCAAUGGAAGCAAUUCCGUGGGCGCCAGUUGGGGAACGCUGGGGCCGCUGUGGGUAAGACGGCAAAGCCAGAUCGAGCCGGAUUCGCAGCCCAUGCUCUAGACGCCUGCCUGAGCGAGAGAGGCAUCAUGGAUCUGGAGAAGCUGUCGCAGCAAGCGGUGUCAACGCUUUCAGACGACCCUCUUGGACGGCUCAACCCGCUGGUGCCAUGCUCGGCAGAUUGCGAAAAUUGCAGUCUUGGUCAAAGUAGGAUGCAGGACCAGGAGGCAGUGAACUGGGUCGAAGUCGCCGGGAUGAUGCAAGAACCGCGGUGGGUGUUUGAUGGGCGUAAUGUGGUCAACCACGUCGAGCUUCAGGGUUUAGGAUUCAGAGUGAGGGGGAUUGGAAAGGGCUUCCAUUCCUGA